AUGGCGCUCAUCGGCCCACUGAGCGCAGACGAGAAGGAGGGAGAAACUUCCAGAGAUUCACUGGAUGACCUGUUCCCCGAGGAGGAGGAACACGGGCCUGGAACAGCGUCGCACGCCCACGGCAGCAGUGCAGUGGCAGCAGCGCAGCAGUGCGGCUACGAGAUUCCUGCACGUCUGCGGACGCUGCACAACCUGGUGAUCCAGUACGCCUCGCAGGGCCGCUACGAGGUGGCCGUGCCGCUGUGUAAGCAGGCGCUGGAGGACCUGGAGAAAACCUCCGGCCAUGACCACCCCGACGUGGCCACCAUGCUCAAUAUCCUGGCACUGGUGUACAGGGACCAGAAUAAAUACAAGGAGGCUGCGCACCUCCUCAACGACGCACUGAAUAUCCGGGAGAAAACCCUGGGCAAGGAUCACCCGGCUGUAGCAGCCACCCUGAACAACCUGGCCGUCCUGCAUGGCAAGAGGGGCAAGUACAAGGAGGCUGAGCCCCUGUGUAAGAGGGCGCUGGAGAUCCGCGAGAAGGUCCUGGGCCGAGACCACCCAGACGUGGCGAAGCAGCUGAACAACCUGGCGCUGCUUUGCCAGAACCAGGGCAAGUACGAGGAGGUGGAGUACUACUACCGGCGCGCCCUCGACAUCUACCAGAGUCGCCUCGGCAACGACGACCCCAACGUGGCCAAGACCAAGAACAACCUGGCCUCCUGCUACCUGAAGCAAUGCAAGUACAAGGAGGCAGAGACCCUGUACAAGGACAUCCUGACCCGGGCCCACGAGAAGGAGUUUGGAUCAGUCAACGGAGAGAAUAAACCCAUCUGGAUGCACGCAGAGGAGCGGGAGGAGCUGAGCAAGGGCAAGCACAAGGACAGCGCGCCCUACGCCGAGUAUGGAGGCUGGUACAAGGCCUGCAAGGUCAACAGCCCCACAGUGAACACCACGCUGAGGAACCUGGGCGCUCUGUACCGACGUCAGGGCAAGCUGGAGGCUGCGGAGACCCUGGAGGAGUGUGCCACACGCUCCCGCAAACAGGGUCUGGAUCCCAUCCACCAGACCCGUGUGGUGGAGAUCCUGAAGGACGGUGAGGCGGUGGACCGGCGACGCAGCCUGGCCGGCAACCCGGUGAAGUACGAGGGGGGUUCAGUGGGCAGCGAGGAGGUCAGCGUUGGAGUGGAGUGGACCGGGGACGGCAGCGGCUCCUUGCGGAGGAGUGGCUCCUUUGGGAAGAUCCGGGACGUUCUGAAGCGAAGCAGUGAGAUGCUGGUGAAGAAGCUGCAGGGAAACGGGCCACCUGAGCCCAAGAACCCCAGCAUGAAGCGAGCAUCCUCGCUGAACUACUUAAACCGGAGCGGAGACGAUCUCUUUCAGGCUUCCCGGAGUAACCUGGCCGAGACCCGGGGUCUGAGUUCCAGCAGCGUCGACCUGUCCCAUCGGCCCUCCCUCCUGGGACAGAACUAAGGACCCUCACCUCCCCACUCUCACCUUUAGCCCCUCAACUUCGUGCUGGCCACAAUCCUCUCCCUCCCCAGGGCAAGCCCCCUACUGUUGAACAGAGCCCUGAAGAUGGGGAUGGUGGAUUGGACAGGAUGGGGAGGGAGGGCCAGGGGGGAAGAGGGGGAAAAGGCAUGGGGAGGUGGUGCUGUCUUACGCUCCAGAGACCCAUUUUCAAUCCUGACCUUGGCUGCUGUCUGUGUGGAGUUUGCAUGUUCUCCCUGUGACAGCGUGGGUUUCCCGCGGGAGCUCUGCUUCCUCCCACUUCCCAGAGAUGUGUGGGUCGGGGUGGGGGGUUAACUGGCUGCUGUAUAUUACCUCUAUAAUGGUGAGAAGUAGAAUAUGCGGGAGAAAGGGCGGGUGGGUAGAAUGAGUGGG